CUUCCGCGGAGAGUGUUGAACGUUUUGUAACGUGUCGACGUGAAGGUGGGUCGUUGGUGGGAGGUGAAGCCGUCAUUGGACGCGACAAGACCAACACCACUUCAAACAUUCACCCAGAAGAUGGCAACUAUGUUGAUUGUCGACACGCUGUAAAACCCUGUAGCCUCUAGUCGACGUGUUCCCGAAGGCCGAAGUCAUAUAUUGAGCCCCAGCCGUGAGAUGGGUUUGUGGAUAACGCGUGUGUAGACAUGCAGGUUCUUUCGGCGGACGUGACUGGCGCCUGCGCCCUAGGAGGCCAAUGGGAGUCCGGAGCGCGCAGGCACUGAGGCAGUGUUGUGAGUGGAGCGCAGACGUGUGUGUGCUGCGUGUGUUUGCUGAGCAGGGACGCCGCCUGUCCGGCGGAUGUGCUGAUGGGAUGGUUCCGAAGAAUGCAGUAUCCGCUCGCAUGGUCGUUGUGAAGGAUUCAUUAUUAUGUGACGGGGACGUUCUGGAAAGUAAACGUUCGUGUGACAGGGACGUUGUGAAGGACCAGUUAACGUCUGACAGGAACGUUUUGUAUUGUGCCGGUGUUGCGAGCAGCCCCAUAUCAUGUGACCGGUGUACGGGGCCGAUCGGAGUGCAAUGUGCUGAGGCGGGGAAUUCAGUAUUAUGUAAUUUGGAUUGUGUGGAGGAGCCAUCGGAAGGAGACAUGGGUUUGAAACCGGGCUCGGUUCGUCAUGAGGGCUACGAACCGCCGCACUGUAACUUUUGUGUUAUGAACCAUUCAUUGACCUGUGAGGUCGCCAGAGAACGGCUUGGAUCGGGUGCAGGGGAACACCCGACGGACCAGAGAGUUGAGAACUCCUCGUGUGACGCCCAGCGUGCGCGGUGUAGCGAAUUUGAAGACGCUAGUGACGCGAAGCAAGGCAGGACCUGUGUGAAGGACGGCGAUUCCCUGUGCAAUUGGAGGCGUAGACGCCGUGGUGUUGUGUGGUGGUUGCUUCUAAUUUUACUCGGGGCGGCGCCCCUGGCGUCGGGACAACUGCGCCCCAAUACUGACAUCACUACCAGUCGCGCAGAAGGGGUGUGCCAGAGUGUUGACAUCCGGAACAGCGUGGCCGCCUUCCGGCGCCUGUCGGGGUGCCGCGUGGUCGAGGGCUUCGUGCAGAUCGUGUUGAUCGACCACGCGACGGAAAGCAGCUUCUCGAACCUGACGUUCCCGGAACUCCGCGAGAUCACGCACUACCUGCUGCUGUACCGCGUCAACGGGCUCCGGUCUCUGGGCAAACUCUUCCCCAACCUGACCGUCAUCCGCGGGGAGAUGCUGUUCCUCAACUACGCCCUCGUCGUCUUCGAGAUGAUCCACCUGCAGGAGCUGGGCCUCUACUCACUGACGGACAUCUUACGAGGUGGUGUGCGCAUUGAGAAGAACCCUCUGCUCUGUUUUGUGGACACUGUGAACUGGGACCUGAUUGCUAAAGCGGGGCACCCUUCAAUUGCAGGCAACAGAGUUCAGAAUGAAUGCCCAAUGUGCCCACACGAGAAGUUGCAGUGCCACAAUUCAAGUAUCAAAGGAUCCCUCUGCUGGAACUUUCAGAAAUGUCAGAAAGUGUGCCCUGACAGUUGUGGAAACAGUACCUGCAUGUCGGAUGGACGGUGCUGUCAUGAGUUCUGCCUGGGGGGUUGCACAGGACCUGCACCUGAAGAUUGUGUGGCGUGCCGUGACGUCGUGUUUGAGAAGAGGUGCUUGAAGCAGUGUCCUGCCCAAACAUACAAGUAUUUAAAUCGACGCUGCAUCCGUGAAGACGAGUGUCGGAAUAUGAGCAGACCGCGUGAACGCAACUAUGAACUCCGCCUGAAGCCUUAUAAACCGUUCAAUAACUCUUGUAUCUUGGAGUGUCCUGCCGGGUACGUGGAGACUGAGGUUGCACCUAACAAGUACUCCUGCAUCCGCUGCUCCGGACCAUGUCGGAAGGAGUGCCAGGGCGUGAGUGUGGACAGUAUCGCGGCUGCCCAGAAGAUGCGUGGCUGCACAUACAUCAAAGGAUCACUUGAGAUUCAGAUCCGUGGAGGCAAGAAUGUUGUGAAGGAGCUUGAUGAGAAUCUGAGCAUGGUGGAGGAGAUUGAGGGUUACCUGAAGAUCGUACGCUCCUUCCCCCUCAUUUCGCUCAACUUCCUGCGCAAACUAAGAGUGAUUCAUGGCAAGACUCUGGACAGUGGCAAGUACUCAUUCGUGCUGUUGGACAAUCAAAAUCUGCAAGAGCUCUGGGACUGGAACACACGCCCAGAGGACCUGCGCAUCGUGAAUGGUCGCCUGUUCUUUCACUUCAACCCGAAGUUGUGCCUGUACAAGAUUGAGAAGCUGAAGCAAGUAGCCCAGCUGCCAGACUUCACUGACCUUGAAGUUGCAGCCAAUUCCAACGGAGAUAAGGUCGCAUGUAACGUGACCGUGCUGCGUGCCCGUGUGACCAAGCUCGAUUACUACGCGGUGCUCAUUGAGUGGGAUCAGUUUGAGCACUACGACCCACGUACGCUGCUUGGCUAUGUUGUCUACUACAUUGAGGCCCCUUUCCGGAACCUGACUUUGUAUGAUGGACGGGACGCGUGCGGCGGUGACGGGUGGCACGUGCAGGACAUGGCAGUCAAUGUGACCAUCACCAUUCUCACUCACUUGAAGCCGUACACACAGUAUGCGUUCUAUGUGAAGACAUACACCAUUGCAACGGAGCGCAGUGGCGCACAGAGUCCCAUACAGUACUUCCGCACUCUACCUGCCUCCCCGUCUCCACCCAUGGCACUAGACGUGAGCACAAGCACAAGCACUGAGUUGACCAUCAAGUGGCAGCCACCCCAGGAGCCAAAUGGCAAUGUUACCCACUAUGUGGUCAUUGGCACUUGGAUCAAGGAUGACGAGAGCAUGCUGGACCAGCGCAACUACUGCAGCGAGCCACUCAUACCAGAUAAGAAACCAACACUGCCCACCACAGUGGACGGCGCGGAGAAAAAGGAGGCAGACCAAUGUGUGUGUGAGGAUGAUAAGAGCAGCAAGGAGACAAAACUGAAGGAGAGAGAGGUGGCAGCUCAGAUACACUUUGAGGACUCACUCCACAACCUCCUGUAUAUCAAGCGACCGAGUCAGAGUCGUCGGAAGCGUGACCUUGAAGCCAUGUGGCAAGAUACAACAUUGGGGGUGCGCAGUAUGGUGUCCCCACAACUUGUAGAGCCAGCUGAGUUUGGUGAUCCAGACUAUCAGACCACGCCUCACAGAUACCCAGAUACAACUGAAGAGAAUAUGGACAUGAGGUCUCCGGAACCUGCUGCUCCGCCCGCCCAGCCUGAGUACAACUUCAAGCACAUAGUGUACGGGAAGACGGAAAUAGUGGUGCAGAACCUGUCUCACUACACGCAGUUCUCCAUUUCUGUUGAGGCAUGUCGUGAGAUUGUGCCAGAGGAGCCUAGCAACACAACAUCGAACUGUUCUCGCAAGAGCUUCAAGACGGGCCGCACAUUGUCCCUCAUCGGUGCAGACAAUGUGGACAGCUUGAAGCUCAUGGUGGAAGUGCUGAAUGAAACCCUUGGCACAGUGAGACUUAGGUGGGAGGAACCUCCAUCACCAAACGGCAUCAUCGUCACGUACCAGAUUGAGUACAAAAGCAUCGAAAACCCCAAUUACAGUCCCAUGGUGGAGUGCAUCACACGCAGUCAGUUUCUCAACAAUGGAAGCUCGUACAAGCUGCAGAAGCUGCCACCUGGUAACUACAGCCUCCGCGUGCGUGCCAUGUCUCUUGCAGGAUAUGGGGAAUAUACGGAGCUGCGUUACUUCUACAUAAAGCAUCCAUCAUCUUCAAGUCUGGAAUUCGUGAUUGCUGCUGUGUCCGGCAUUGCGGUAGUGAUGGGCAUGCUCUUCGUUGUGGUUAUGUAUCUGCGUCGUAGAUACAUGCCAGGGAUCCCGAAUGUGAAGUUGAUUGCUACUGUCAACCCAGAAUAUGUCAGUACAGUGUAUGAACCAGAUGAGUGGGAGGUGCCCAGGAAGAAUGUUGAGCUGCUCCGGGAGCUGGGGCAAGGGAGUUUUGGGAUGGUGUACGAGGGCAUCGUGCGCGAUGUUGUUGAAGGUCGUCCAGAGAUGCCAUGUGCAAUCAAGACAGUGAAUGAGCAUGCCACGGACCGAGAACGCAGCGAGUUUCUUAACGAGGCUUCUGUUAUGAAGGCUUUCAAUACACAUCACGUUGUACGCCUGUUGGGCGUCGUUUCACAGGGCCAGCCAGUGUUGGUAGUUAUGGAAUUAAUGGCACAUGGGGACCUUAAGACAUACCUGCGCUCUCACCGCCCAGAUGUGUGUGAAGACCCCAGCAAACAGCCCCCAACCCUGAAGCGGAUCAUGCAGAUGGCAGUGGAGAUUGCUGAUGGCAUGGCAUAUCUGGCUGGCAAGAAGUUUGUGCAUCGGGACUUGGCAGCCCGUAACUGCAUGGUCGCUGAGGAUCUCACCGUCAAGAUUGGCGAUUUCGGCAUGACUCGCGAUAUCUAUGAAACUGACUACUACCGCAAGGGUACUAAGGGGCUGCUGCCAGUUCGAUGGAUGGCACCAGAAAGCCUCAAAGAUGGAGUGUUCACAAGCCACUCCGAUGUGUGGAGUUACGGUGUGGUGCUGUGGGAGAUGGCUACCCUGGCAUCUCAGCCCUACCAGGGCCUCUCCAAUGACCAGGUGCUGCGGUACGUGAUAGAAGGAGGUGUGAUGGAGCGGCCAGAGAAUUGUCCUGAUCGCCUGUAUCAGCUGAUGAGGUUGUGUUGGCAGCACAAGCCGAUGACUCGCCCAUCAUUCAUGGAAUUGGUGAAGCUGCUUCUGCCGGAUGUGUCCCCUGAUUUUGUGAAAGUUUCGUUCUACCACAGCGAGGAGGGACGUGAACUAUAUGCCCCCCAACGUUCAGAACUGAUGGAUGAUCCAUCCACACCCCUGAGAGUGACACGCGACAUUGAAGAUUUCUCUUUGGACGGCGGAUCAGAUGACGAACGCCCAGAGAUCGACGUGGAGGCUUGUUUGCAGCCUCACUAUCAUGUCAUGUCUGUCCCAGUCACCCGAGUGAGUUGCCGCAAUCCUCCGAACAGCAAAAUCGGCAAUGGAAGUGCUGCCACUUCUCCAACUGCUGCGAAUGGCUGGGUGGUGGCACGCCAGAGCAACGGGACUAGCAGCGCCAACUCGACGGGCUCAGCAGACAUGAAGACUACUCAGUGUUGACACCGUGGUGAAUGUAGACUGCAACGAAUGUGUAAAAGCGUGUGCUAAUUAAUAAUAGUUCCUACCUGUGCCAGACCAUUCCACACCAAUGUGUAUGUUGUGACAGUAUUUGCAGAGGCGUGCCAAGUUGUGAGAGCUCUGUCUUCAUGUUUGAGGCAUAAGGCUGUAACUUAUCAACAGGAAGCCAUUUUAAACACAAGUAAUAAAAUGGUUUUGACUUGUA